AUGAAGCUUGUCACCAUGGCCCUUGUGUGCUUGCUGCUGGCCACAGUGUGGCUACAAGAUGUGGACAGCAUGAGCAUGCACGUGUCCGCCUCUCGUUGCUGCUUCUCAUUCGUGGCUAAAAAGAUUCCUUGGAAUAAAAUCCAGUGUUACAGAAACACCAGCUCCAACUGCUCCUACAAAGCUACAAUAUUCAAGCUGAAGGGAAGAAGAGAAAGCUGUGUCUUGACUGAAGAUACAUGGGUUCAAGCUUACUUGAAAAAGAUGAAGCCCUGCCUACCAAAGUGA